AUGCCGACCGGGGUACAUGAGCUCUUCAUCGAUGGAGUCGAGGACGCAAUUCGAAGUCAGCUGAAACUGAUUCGCCGCGGAUCAGACAGGGCGGGCCGCUUCGCGCAGAAAGUGCGCCCCGCUCGUUCCACAGAGAUUUGUUUUCCGGUCGACGACGCUCCGUCUAGUACCAGAACGAAAUAUGAGCCGGACGCCUCUUUCUGGCAUGACGAUGCACAAUACCCUGGGGUCAUCAUCGAAGUCGCAUAUUCGCAGAAGAGGAAGAGGUUGGAUUGGCUAGCCCAAAGCUACCUUUUGGACUCGGAUGCGAGCGUGCAGGUUGUUGUCGGCUUGGACAUUGAAUACGGCAAGAAGGGGUCGCGUCGGGCGACAUUGUCGGUGUGGCGGACCCAUGUCGUCCACACUGCCGAUGGAGAUGAGUUGAGAGUGGUUCAAGAAAUCGCAGAUGAGGCGUUCCGCGACGACCAAGGAAACCCUGUCGAUCAUCCAGGCCUACGACUUCAACUCAGAGAUUUUGCUCACGAAGAACUUGCGUACGAUGAGAUCGAAGAUGAAGACCGUGAGUUGGUCGUCUCCGCUCAGCAACUCUGCCAGUGUCUUACUGCGGCGGAGACCAAGGUACACCCGCUAAGAUCGCUUGGCAAGCAUUCGAUUGCCCCGGGAAUCAAGAAGCGAAAAAGAUCAGAAACACCUCCGGAAGGGAUGGCUUCUGGGGAUGAAGCGAGGUACGUGGAGCAAGAGCAGAGAGCGGCUCAGCGUAUGGCGCACGGCGACUCCGAUUGCGAGGAGACAUGA